UUCGAAAGUGCGGAAAUACAUCCAGGGAAGAGUUCGGCGCGUGCACGGGAAGUUGUGACGUGGAAAAAAAACCUGUAAAAACUCGAGCGCGUGCAGUUCGGAAAUAUUUGACGCUUUCAGAGGAGAGGUUUGUCUGAAGCCAUGGAUAAGAGUGGAGUAUGCUUCACUUGUGCCUGAUUCUUCUACUAAGUGAAAUAUCGUAGUGCUUCCAGUGUAGGUCAUGGGUGACGAGAACGACUUCCGACCUGUAACUCGCAGCAGACGGCGCGCGACUAUCACCAGCGCUAAGGGCGAGCUCUUGAGACGUCCGAAUGGCGCGAGCUCAGCUGAUCCCAACACGUGGAUUAGACCUAAACACAAGAAGGGACAGGACACACACACGCCGGUCUCACCUGAGGAGAAGAGAAAAGUUAGUCGGAAUGAUAACCUGAGUUGCCACAGGUUGCAAGAGUCCAUGCUGAGCUCUGCAAGCAGUUUCAAAAAUUACAGAGGCAUCCUGAACUGGUGUGUUGUCAUGCUGAUCUUGAGCAAUGCACGCCUGUUCUUGGAAAACCUGCUCAGGUAUGGUGUACUAGUGGACCCCAUUCAAGUGGUGUCGUUGUUCCUGAAGAACCCGUACAGUUGGCCUGCUGCAUGCCUGGUCAUUGUUUCAAAUGUGUUCAUACUUGUGGCGCUGUACACAGAGAGGAAAUUAGCUAUCGGAUCCUUCAGUGAGCAGAUUGGCCUGAUUAUUCAUAUCAUCAAUCUGUCAGUAAUCUUGUGCUUUCCAGUGGUCAUUGUGCUCAAGCUGCCCUCUGUAACACCAGUUGGCGGUGCCUUUGCGCUGGCUGUCUACACUAUCCUGUUUCUGAAGCUCUACUCUUAUAAGGACGUGAACAGGUGGUGCAGGGAACGGAUGCAGGCGAAGGCUCGCAGCCUGUCCAGAUCACUGUCAUGUCCAUCACCACCAUCUACCAGCGGAGAAAUGUAUGUGUCCUAUCCUGGAAACCUCUCUCUGAAAGAUUUGUAUUAUUUUGUUUUUGCUCCCACCUUGUGCUAUGAGUUGAACUUUCCUCGUUCUAAAUCUAUACGGAUGGGAUUCCUGCUCAGGAGGUUGUUUGAGAUGUUGCUGCUCACUCAGCUGUUAGUUGGCUUAACACAGCAGUGGAUGGUCCCAGUCAUACAAAGUUCAAUGAAGCCAUUGCAGGAAAUGGAUUUCUCCAGAAUGAUUGAGCGUCUGCUCAGGCUAGCUGUCCCAAACCACUUACUCUGGUUGAUAUUCUUUUACUGGUUUUUUCACUCAUCCAUGAACUUUGUGGCUGAACUUCUGAGAUUUGGAGAUCGAGAAUUUUACAGAGACUGGUGGAAUGCUGAAAGUGUAACUUAUUUCUGGCAAAACUGGAACAUCCCUGUCCAUAAGUGGUGCCUUCGACAUUUUUACAAGCCCUUGCUAAGAAAGGGGGCCGGCAAGUUAGUGAGCCAAUCAGCAGUUUUCUUUGCUUCAGCCUUUUUUCAUGAGUAUCUGGUCAGUGUUCCUCUGAGGAUGUUCAGACUGUGGGCAUUCAUGGGCAUGAUGGCUCAGCUGCCUUUGGCAUGGUUUGUAGGCAGGUUUCUUAGGGGAAACUAUGGAAAUGCUGCCGUGUGGCUUUCUCUCAUAAUUGGCCAGCCAAUAGCGGUCCUUAUGUAUGUCCAUGACUACUACGUCAUUCACCACCUGGAGGAAGAAGCAGAACCAGCACCUCUCUAAGCUGCAGACUGCGUACUGCUCCCGAAACUGUCUCACCACCGUCCAACUCGCGCCAUCCAAAUAAUCAGGCCUUAGGACAGCUUCCUCAAAGAAAAAGAAGGAUCUUCACAGGCAUCUUACAAAUUCGCUGGAAUUCAUUUUAAACAAAUGCCUUGAUACCUAUGUGGUGCCUUCCUUGAGAAGUUACUGCUUAGAUGCAGCAGAUUCAUUUCAUAUUUGUAUGGCAUUACAGGCUUAGAAUGGACAGAUAGGAUUUUUUUAAACAUAUGUUUUAUAUUGAUAUUACUUUACUGAUCGAAUACAGCAGAUAGAACACAUCUAUAGCAUUUAAACGCCUUGAAUGGAAUUUUUUUUUUUUUAUGUUUUUUUUUUUAUUUUUUAGGAUAAUUUAUAUCAUUUUAGAUCAUUUUGCAAAAGGAUCCAAAAUAUUUUAUGUAUAUUUUGCAUGAAAAGGACUGUUUGAUGUAAUUUUAAUAAUAAUGUUUAAUGUAAUAUAGUAUGAUGAUUCAGUCUCUAAGCUCAUGAGUAUGUACUGGAUUCAGGGACUUAAUUGUGUAAAAUCAGGGAGUGCCACCUACUGGUGUCUUGUAAAUCAUAAAGUGUAUGAAUGAAACUCUUAGGCCAUGUAAUUAUACCUUCAUGUGGAGACAUUCAUCAAACAUAAUUAUAUUCCAUAGAAUAGCAGAUACAGUGUAAUCUCCGACUGCGAUAUUUUCUGCAGAUUUUGUCCUUUUGGAGCCAUUUGUUUUCAAGAUGAUGAGGGUGCCAGGUCCCUCCAAUCAGUACAAGUUGGUGAUAAAUGGCUUUGGAGAUAAGUUGUAUAAUAGCUUGUGGUAGUACUGUAUAAAUAUCCUAUCUCCAACACUGAGAUGCAGGCAUGAUUUCACACAGCGCUAUCUUAAAGGUUGAUUGCACGUUACAACACUAUGGCCUGUUUAAAACACUGCCUGACACACGGUACUGGAAGAAUGAUUACAGUGCAGCGAAUCAAUGCCAUUGAUGCAGAGAUGCAGUUUAUCUAUUUUUACCAGUAGUACUGUUCUCUAGUCCGCAUCAAGUUUGUUGUAAAUUCUUAAGUUUUGCAACUUUUGGAAUUGCCUGCCAUCUACUGUUUACAGAAUGAGUUUUAUGAUUGAACAUUUUUCGCUUAAUUUGAAAUAUAAACAUUUUCCA